UUUCAAACCUUGCAGGCUUUUGCUCUCUGGGAGCUUGUAAUAAGACAUACUCCUCUUACAAGAGUUCAUGCUACAACAUAGCAAAGAACUUUAAAUUUUUGGAAGAACAGUAUAUUCAUUUUGGCAUUGUUCAGAGCAAAGUAAACUCGGUGGCCUCUUCUUCUCCGCCCCUCAAAAUGAUAGCAAUCUCUGCUGUCAGCCAUGUGCUCCUGUUCUCCCUUCUCUGUGAAGCAAGUACCGUCAUCUUACUCAAUUCCACUGACUCAUCCCCGCCAACCAAUAAUUUCACUGAUAUUGAAGCAGCUCUAAGCGCACCACUAGAUUCUACGGAUCUCCCCAAAGCCAGGCGGAAGCGCUACAUUUCGCAGAAUGACAUGAUCGCUAUUCUUGAUUAUCAUAAUCAAGUUCGGGGCAAAGUGUUCCCACCGGCAGCAAACAUGGAAUAUAUGGUUUGGGAUGAAAAUCUUGCAAAAUCUGCAGAGGCUUGGGCGGCCACUUGCAUUUGGGAUCAUGGACCUUCUUACUUGCUAAGAUUUUUGGGCCAAAAUCUGUCUGUCCGAACUGGCAGAUAUCGUUCUAUUCUCCAGUUGGUCAAGCCAUGGUACGAUGAAGUGAAAGAUUACGCUUUUCCAUAUCCCCAGGAUUGCAACCCCAGAUGUCCUAUGAGAUGUUUUGGUCCUAUGUGCACACAUUAUACACAGAUGGUUUGGGCCACUUCCAAUCGGAUAGGAUGUGCAAUUCAUACUUGCCAAAACAUGAAUGUGUGGGGAUCUGUAUGGCGCCGCGCCGUGUACUUGGUAUGCAACUAUGCCCCAAAGGGCAAUUGGAUUGGAGAAGCACCAUAUAAAGUAGGAGUGCCGUGUUCAUCCUGUCCUCCAAGUUACGGGGGAUCUUGUACUGACAAUCUGUGUUUUCCAGGAGUAACGUCAAACUACCUAUAUUGGUUUAAAUAAGCUUACCUUUUUCUCCAGGAAAUGUCAUGGUUUCUGGGAAUCAUAAGCAUAUAUAUAUAU